AAGAAUUGCGCCGAGCUGUACAACUGCGGCCAAACGAUCAGCGGUGUUUACACAAUCGACCCUGAUGGUGAAGGUGCCUUCAAUGUGUAUUGUGACCAAACCACAGACGGAGGAGGGUGGACAGUGUUUCAGAGGAGACUGGAUGGUUGCUUGGAUUUUAACCUGGGUUGGGCAGACUACAAAAAAGGCUUUGGUGAUUUCCUUAAUGGAGAGUUUUGGCUCGGACUAGAGAAGAUCCAUCGCCUGACGCAAAACGAGACAGAAAACAGGCUUCGAGUAGAUCUGGGAGUAACUAAAGGCAAAACUGUCCACGCUGAAUAUUUGUGGUUUGGGAUCGGAGACAAGAAAGACAACUAUCGGCUGAAUCUCGGAAACAAAUCAAGUGAGUCAAUCUGCUUUCUCUCGGUAAUCAUUAUCUAGAACAGCACGAAGGCGAGGAUGAGAAAAGCAUCAAAUGUAUAAUGUAGGUGACGGUUGUAUUAAAAAUUAAUAUUUACAGUAAUGUGUGCGUGCUUCUCCGAAGAACUGAUUUCUAUCACACUUGCAAUUUGCAAUUUGGUAAACCUUAUCUAUGGAAGCCGAGGGCUGAGGGAGAUUUCACAGAGUCCUGCGUGGUUUGACAAUUCAUGAUAUGAUGCGAGAACAGAGUUCAUUAAUUGUUUUAUUACAGGCUAUUUUUUAUAAAAAUCUACAAGAUAGAGUAAAAAAUCCUUUUAUGAAAAUGAGGCUGGACUCCAAACUCCGUAAAAAAAUUUAUAUGGAGCCUGUUAAAUUAACCAGGACAUUUAGCUUGAAUAAAUUAUCUGAAACUUUCACAUUUCAAAACAAAGGGGUAACGAACUUAAGUGAUAGAAAGUUAAGCUUGAACUUGAAUUCCGAAAAGCAACAAAAAAAGAUACGUGAGAGAAUCCACGUCAGUUUCAAAGUCAAGGUUAGAAUUCUUUGAUGCGAUUGGCUAAUUUGUGAAAAUCACGCGCUACGUGUGAACACAAAAUGGAGUACCAAGGGGGAGAUGGAGAGAAAAAAAAAUUUGAUUUGAAAUUUAAAACGUAAGGGAAUUUCACUUCUCUCUGAGUUUGAAAAAGUUUGAGAACGCUACACGCUUAAGGAGCUUGGAAACCAGGCAAACUUUGAGCUGGAGUUGAUAAAUGCAAUAUAUGCUGCAGAUAUCGGGUUAUCCUGUCAACUUCACACGAUUUUGUAUAUGGACUGAAUUCUCUCGGCCAAUCAGAGUUUCCAAUAUAAGUCAAAUUUAAAAGUAAGAGUAUCGUCAUCAUUAUCAUCAUCAUCAUCAUCAUUAUCAUUAUACUUUAUCACUAUAAUUGUUAUAAUUAUUGGUGUUUUAUCAUUUCUAUUAGAAUGUGCGACUGUCAAAGAUUCUCUCAGUGAUCAUAACGGCUCCCCGUUUGGUACCCGGGACAAAGUUAACAAGCAUUGUACCCAUGAGAUGUUUGGAGGCUGGUGGUACAUCAACAAUACUGACUGUGCUGUUUCGUCAAAUCUCAAUGGUGCUCAUCAUUGUAAAAAGAGAAAAAGGAACAUGAACGAGACCUUGGGCGAGCUAAAGAUUCACUGGGGUAUGUUAUCUGACACUGACGCAAGUCGCACCAGUCCACUAACAUCGGAGAUGAAAAUAAAACCUGUGGAUUUACCUUUUAAGUGUUAA